UUUUUGUUCUGGACCCUGGAGUCCAGUCCGCAGCCUGUUCCUAUCCACCGCUUUGCUUGGAUUCAUCGUUAGUCACUGGGAUUUUUAUUUCCCACUUUUUCACCAUUUGUUUACAUUUUAGCUUUGAAUAGUGCUUUGCAGGAAAGUCACUAUUGCUACAGAAGAAUCGAACUAAAUAAAGAUCAUUGACUGGAGCCUCUCAGGAUGUCCUUACCUUUCUACCAGAAACACCACAAGCACUAUGACCGCGGGUACCGCAGCACAGAGGUGCAGUCUGCGCUCAGCCAAUACCACCUGGAUGAACAAAGCAGCACUACAUCCCGCAGCAAAGGAUCGAGAGUUGCCCUCUAUUCAGAUGAGGUACUGGUGGAGAGCUCCUCCAAACUGAGCCCACGACCCAAGAGACCAAGACCGACCUACACUGCUCUGGAUCAUGAGAUCAUCGGAUAUGUGGUGCCAGUGUUCAGAGGCCGUCGAGAAUAUAUUAGUGGAAUAACAGAUACAGAAGAGGAAAGGAUCAAGGAGACGGCAGGAUACCUGGCUAGAAGGAACCUUUUCACUACCGGUGAAAGUGUCACGGCUAUCAGCAGAUCCACGGUGGACACUGUGGGGGAAAAGAUGUUUGAGAAGAAGUCUAGAAAGACUGCAAUGCGAGAAUCAGCCGAGCACAUUAACUUAAACAAGAAGAUCCACGAGACCAUGGAAUUUCACAGGAAGCUGAAUAAGGACAGUCUAUUGCAUGCUCCUGAGUUCGUCAUUAAGCCCCGGUCCCACACUGUCUGGGAGAAACAGAACGUCAAACUGCACUGCACCGUCUCUGGCUGGCCUGAGCCCCGCGUAACCUGGUACAAAAACAAUGUCCCUAUUGAAGUUGAUGCGUACCCUGGCAAGUAUAAAAUAGAGAGCAGGUACAGCGUGCAUUCACUGGAGAUCUACAGUUGUGACUUUGAUGACACAGCGCAGUAUCGUGCUUCUGCCAUGAACGUCAAAGGGGAAGUCUCUACGAUUUCCUCGAUUGUGGUGAAAAGAUACAAAGAGGAGAUGGAUUCUUCUUCUCUUGGCACUGUUUCAUUGCCUUUAUCAUAUGGUCUUUCAACCACUGAUUAUGGCACAAAGUUUAAUAUCCACAUUGUCGAGAAAUUUGCUGUGUCAUUUGGUAGAGAGGGGGAGACCAUGAGCUUGGGCUGCACAGUGAUUGUCUACCCCAAUAUGAAACGCAUACAGCCGGAGAUCCAGUGGUACAGAGAUGGCGUUCUUCUGCAGCCUUCCAAAUGGGUGCAGAUGCACUGGAGUGGGAACCGUGCCACACUGACACUUACCCACCUCAACAAGGAGGACGAAGGCCUCUAUACCAUGCGCGUGGUCACCAAAUCAGACUAUGAAACCUACAGCGCUUAUGUGUUUGUUAGAGAUGCUGAGGCCGAGGUUGCUGGGGCUCCUGCUGCUCCCCUGGAUGUAGAGUGCCUGGAUGCCAACAAGGACUAUGUCAUUGUCACUUGGAAACAGCCUGCUGUAGACAGAGGCAGCCCCAUCCUGGGAUACUUUGUGGACAGGUGUGAGGUGGGCACCACUCACUGGAGCCAGUGCAAUGACACCCCAUUCAAGUUUGCUCGUUUCCCUGUCACCGGCCUGGUGGAGGGCCGCUCCUAUACCUUCCGUGUCCGGGCUGUAAAUAAAAAUGGCAUAAGCAGACCAUCUAGAGUAUCCAAUCCCAUCGCUGCAAUGGACCCUGCUGACAAGGCAAGAAUGAAAGGUCAUCCAUCUGCACCAUGGACAGGGCAGAUUAUUGUAACUGAGGAGGAGCCUGCAGAGGGAGUGGUGCCUGGGAAACCCUGUCAACUGGCAGUUACUGAAGCCACCAAGAAAUAUGUUGUCCUGAGCUGGAAACCCCCUGGCCAGAGAGGCCAUGAGGGCAUCAUGUACUACGUGGAAAAGUGUGUCGCAGGCACAGAUAGCUGGCAGAGAGUGAACACAGAGAUCCCAGUGAAGUCUCCCCGCUUUGCUCUCUUUGACCUGGCGGAGGGCAAGUCCUACUGCUUCCGCGUGCGCUGCUGCAACUCUGCCGGAGUGGGAGAACCAUCUGAGCCAACCGAGGCUACCGUCGUGGGAGACAAACUCGAUAUCCCUAAGUCACCAGGCCAUGUUUUGCCAACUAGGAACACUGAUACAUGUGUGGUCCUGACCUGGGCGGAAUCCAAGGAAGCUAAGGAGCUGAUUGGCUACUACAUUGAAGCUACUGUUGUGGGCUCAGGAGUAUGGGAGCCCUGCAACAACAAGCCAGUAAAGGGCACCAGGUUUUUCUGCCAUGGACUUUCAACUGGUCAGACUUACAUCUUUAGAGUCAGGGCUGUGAACGCAGCGGGGCUCAGUGAAUUUUCACAGGAAUCUGAGGCUAUUGAGGUCAAGGCAGCAAUUGCUUCCCCUGCCCCACCCUAUGGAAUCAGUGUUCUUGAAAGCGUUCACGACUCCAUGGUGCUUGGAUGGAAACAGCCCAAAUUCAUUGGCGGGGCUGAGAUUACUGGGUACUUUGUGGACUACCGUGAAGUGAUCGAUGGCGUAGUGGGGAAGUGGCACGAGGCCCACAUAAAGCCUGUCAGCGAAAGGGCAUACAGGGUAAAUGACCUAAAGGAGAGCAUGACCUACCAGUUCCAGGUUCGUGCUGCUAACAUAGCUGGGGUUGGAAUACCAUCCCUUCCAAGCACACCCUUCAAGUGUGAGGAAUGGACCAUUGCAGUGCCAGGACCUCCUUAUGACCUCAGGUGCACUGAAGUGAGGAAAAACUCUCUGGUGCUGCUCUGGAAUCCCCCUGUAUAUACUGGCCGCAGCGAGGUCAAUGGGUUCUACAUAGACAUCAAAGAGGCAGAGGCGGAUGAAGGUCAAUGGAGGUCUGUCAAUGAGAAGGCAACACAAAAGAAAUACAUGAAGAUUAAAGACCUGAAGGAAGGCGAUACCUAUGUCUUCCGUGUGCGAGCACAGAACAGAGCUGGAGUUGGAAAACCCUCAGACGAGACAGAGCCUGUCCUUGCUGAGACUCGCCCAGGAACCAAGGAGGUGGUUGUGGAUGUUGACGAUGAUGGUGUGAUUUCAUUGAUCUAUGAGUGCUCUGAGAUGACUGCAGAUUCUAAAUUUGACUGGUCGAAGAAUUACGAAGAUGUCUCUGAUUCGUCUCGUCUUGCUAUGGAGACCAAAGGUGGCAGGUCAAGAGUGGUCUUCAAGGACCCAGCAAUUGAAGAUUUGGGCAUUUACUCAUGUGUUGUCACUGAAACAGAGGGAGUAUCUGCUAGCUAUACCUUAGAUGAAGACGAGCUGAAACGUCUGCUACAAAUCAGCCACGAUCAUAAAUUCCCCAUCGUCCCUCUCAAAUCAGAUCUGGCUGUUGAACUGCUGGAGAAGGGACGCGUUCGCUUCUGGCUGCAAGCAGAAAAGCUCUCUGCCAAUGCUGUAACUAACUUUGUCUUUAAUGAUACAGAGGUGAUCCAUGGAGAGAAAUAUAAAAUGAGUGUUGACAAAAACACUGGUAUUAUUGAAAUGAUAAUGGAAAAAUUGGAAGAUGAAGAUGAAGGCACUUUCACCUUCCAGCUAAAGGAUGGGAAAGCAGUCAAUCAGUCCAGCUUGGUUCUGAUUGGGGAUGUGUUCAAGAAGCUACAGAAGGAAUCAGAAUUCCAGAGGCAAGAAUGGUUCAGAAAACAAGGUCCUCACUUUGUGGAGUAUCUUGGAUGGGAGGUUACUCCAGAAUGUGAUGUUCUGCUGAAAUGCAAGGUGGCGAAUAUUCUGAAGGAGACCACAAUUAUCUGGUACAAGGAUGAGAGAGAGAUAAUGUUUGAUGACAAGCACGACUUCAAGGAGGGGGUGUGCACUCUGCUGAUUUCACAGAUUUCAAAGAAAGAUGCUGGUAUUUAUGAAGUUAUACUGAGGGAUGACAGGGGAAAGGAUAAGAGUUUGUUGAAAUUGGUUGAUCAAGGUUUCACUGAUUUAAUGAAUGAUGUAUUCAGAGUCAUCGCUGAGUCUGCCACAGAGCUGAAGAUCCAGAGCACUGAAGAUGGAAUCAGACUGUAUUCCUUUGUCAAUUAUUACACUGAGGAACUCCGUGUCAGCUGGCAUCAUAAAGAAUCAAAGAUUUCUUACACAGACAGAGUUAAGUGUGGUGUCACUGGCGAGCAGCUGUGGUUACAGAUUAAUGAGCCCACUGAGAAAGAUAAGGGCAAAUACGCAAUAGAAAUCUUUGAUGGUAAAGGUGGACUCCAGAAAGCAGUGGAUGUGUCUGGACAAGCAUAUGAUGAAGCUUAUGCAGAAUUCCAGAGGCUUAAGCAAGCUGCAAUUGCAGAAAGAAACCGUGCUCGAGUGAUUGGUGGUCUGCCUGAUGUGGUCACAAUCCAGGAGGGCAAGUCCCUUAACCUUACCUGCAACAUCUGGGGUGACCCUGUUCCCGAGGUCACGUGGCUGAAGAAUGAGCGUGAGAUGGUGGGAGAUGACCACUGCAUCCUGAAAUUUGAAUCAGGAAAAUUUGCCAGCUUCACUAUUACCUCUGUCAGCUCGGCAGACUCCGGAAAAUACGGCAUUCUGGUGAAAAACAAGUAUGGAACUGAGACUGGUGACUUCACUGUAAGUGUGUUCAUACCAGAUGAUGAAGGGGAGAAAGCUGCUCCCGAGGCUAAGAAGGGAGACAAGAAAAAAUAAAAGUCUAGAGAAAGAGUAGCGAGUAGUCAAGUAUAAUACAAAACAUAAUUGUGUGUACCUUUUGUUUUAUUUGCUUUAUGUUUUGACUCUGCGGGCUAAGAAUCUGUGUUAUCUAAUGCUUUCACUCACCAGGGGCUGUUUUUUAAAACAAAAGCUUGUUGGUAGAUGUAUUGGACUACUGUGUAAUGCACUUGCCUUCUUGCUUGUGCUUCAGAAAAACUGCCCCAUGUCCCUUCAAUACAGAUGGUCUGAGAAUGACAACUUAUUCUUUAAUCCGAAUCCCAUAGUUUGGUGCUUAGUACUUUUCUGUAAAAUCUUGCAUUAAAAUUAGAAACCGUUAAUGUGGUAGAAACACAAACUAUAAAUUGCUCUGAGGAAGGACUCUAUGUUGAGUUUGGCCUUGCCCGACAUUUCUUGUCAGGUAAAAUUGUGCUUUUGAACCUUUUGUGGAUGGUUAAAAAUGGCAAUUGAUAUCAUCUCAUUGAUAAACGUUAUUUCAACCCCGAUCUUCCAUUUACACCUGAAAUCUGUUUUAAUAUUCAGUGGAUUCACGGGCCUGAUCAUAAACAUGCAGUGGGUUGUUGGGCCUGGCCAUGCUUAGUUUGGUGUGACUAAAACACUGUUACAAGUCAAGGCAAGGAAUUAUUGUGCCUGCCGGGUAUUCAGUUGAAGGUGAGUGAAAGUUUGAAUGAUUUCAAGGUGGAAGACAAACUAUGUUUGUGCUGUAGUUUUAAAUUUAAAAAGACUGUUAAGUUAAACAUUUAAUGAGUGAAUUAGAAAGCUACAAUAUAGGCAAUUUUAGUUCAUGUAGAGUUGACGUUAACCAGUCAUUAUGUUGUAUGUGUUACAGUUAAUUUACAAUCACCUCAACUCCGAAAAACAUCACAAUAAUAACAUUGCCACUGUAUUAGGAGCCACCUUUAAAUUGACUAAUAAAUGGUGCACAUGUCCUUUAUCGCUACCUCCA